AUGCUGAACGUGCUGCUGCUGUGCUAUGGGUUGCUGCAGGGAAUACAGGCCAUCCUUACCUCGGACCUCAGCCACAACCACCUGCAGAAGAUGAGUGCUGGUCUGGAUGGGGCAGACAGAGCCCAGUACUCCAAUCUGCUGCGUAAAGUCAAGGAGCCAGUGGGAGCUCUUCCCAGGCCUGAGUUUGAUCAGAUGGCCCUGGAGGACCAGGAAGCUGAUGGAAACUUUGUGCAGAAAAGUGGUGUGCUGGAACCAGAGGUGUUAUCCACUGCACUGCAAGCUUCAAGCCGAGAAGAGCGCUCCCCUCGCCGGUGCGUCCGCCUCCUGGAGUCCUGUCUUGGGCAUCAGAUCCCCUGCUGUGACCCCUGUGCCACCUGCUACUGCCGCUUUUUCAAUGCUUUUUGCUACUGCAGGAAAAUCAGCACCAGUUUCCCGUGUGGCAAGAACUAG